ACCCCCUUCCCACACACCACCUCUUUCCCUCCCUCGCCCUGUCUAACUCCCUCCAUCUCUUUCCUUCAUAGUCGCCUUUACGCACACAGUAUUGUCAACAAAGCUGGAGAACAAGGGGGGGAUCGAGGUACACGGGACCCCCGGCGUCAACACACCUUGACGCUCUGAGGAAGAGUUGGAGGAUCGAAGGACGGCGCGAGGAGCCCAAAGUGACAGUAAACAGGGGCGAGCACGCACACAGCAGGACUGCCGCCUUGGUCUUCAUGGUGGUUGGGACACUUGUAGUAUGUAUGAGAAGUUAACCAUGCUCAACCUGCAGAGUGGCUCUAACUGGAGCGGGCCUAACAACUGGUACCAUGACCCCACUGGAGUACAGACUCAACACAGCACAGUUUCCGAGGGAUGCCUGCUGGACACGGAAGGCGGCAUGGGAGGAGAAGCGGUCGUCGGGGGAGGCGGAGGAGGAGGAGGCACGGGCCGAGGCGUGCCCGUGGAUAGAGACGAGGGCGAGGAGUCUCAGCUGAGGCUGCAGCUCAAGAGGAAGCUGCAGAGGAACCGUACCAGCUUCACGCAGGAGCAGAUCGAGGCGUUGGAGAAAGAGUUUGAACGAACACAUUACCCAGACGUCUUUGCGAGGGAAAGACUGGCCAAUAAAAUUGAUUUACCUGAAGCCAGGAUACAGGUGUGGUUCUCCAACCGAAGAGCUAAAUGGAGACGAGAGGAGAAGCUGCGUAACCAAAGGAGGUCAGGGGGGGUGUCUUCCUGUUCGCAGAGCCAAGCCCCUCUGACCACUUCCUUUAACACAUCUGUCUACCAUCAACAGCACGGCAGCAGUUCGGCAGGCUCCAUGUUGAGUCAAGCUGAGUCGUCGCUGCCCAGCUACAGCUCGUUGUCAGUCUUCUCGUCUGGAGUCCAGUCCAUCCCUCCGCAGUCAGCCUCCACGUACUCUUGCAUGUUGCCCCCAUCUCCAUCUGCCCCACGCAGCUUUGACACAUCAGCAUACUCCUCCCCUCACCUGCAGGCUGCGCCCUCGGCCAACUCCAACACAGGCCUCAUAUCACCUGGCGUUUCUGUGCCGGUGCAGGUUCCAGGAACUGAGCCACAGGGCAUGAGCCAGAACCUGGGCCAGUAUUGGGCCAGAUUACAGUGAACGACAAACCAACCUAACAUAUGAUGAACAGAUGAUAAAAGAAGCGAAACGGGUUGUGAAAACAAUAAGGGAUAAAGCAGGACUGAGCUUUAUUGGGUCCAAAAUAAGAUGAAGACCCCGAUAUGCAUCAAAUGUUUACACAUGUAUCCAAGAGCAGCUUUGGUUACACUUGACAGUACUCUACUGCUAUUUGCCCGGCAGUAGGAUUAGAACCAGUUUAGGAUUAAAUUGGAGACAGGGUGCGGACUACUUGAUGAAACAACACAAGUAAAAUGCCAACAAAUGUCUGUAGUGUAUUGUUAAGUCCAAUACUUGUUCCAUGAGCUGCUCAGAGGUAACAACAACAUGCAGAUUUGUCUACUGGCUUCAGGUCCAUUGAAAAACAUUAGGAAAAGAAAAAAAAUAUGGUUGCAUCCCGACAUUUUGCUUUGUAUUUUUGUACAUACAUCCAUGUAUGAUGACGUGCUGUCAGAUGUUACCGGAGGGAAGAAUGUAGCAUUUUGUGGACUGAAAAUUGCUAAUUCCUUCAUCCAAAAUGAACUAUAUGGCUCAACAUACAAAUGUAAAAAGUCACAGGGAUUUCUAUAUCAAAAAAACAAAAAACAAAUCAGGUUAAUGAAUUUUCUUUUUUUUUUUCUUUUUUUUUAUCCUUUAUCACGAGUGAAGCUGAUAUGAGCUACUGACAAUCAAGGCUGCCUGCAUGCACUCUAGGCUGACAAUCAAAGCAGAGCAGAGAGGAAAUACUGUGAAAUGAUACUGCGUCACUGCAAUGGCAACAUUAUAAACUGUGCAUGACCAAACGUACCUGUGAGACAAUCAACUAGAUGGGGAAAUGAUUAUACGGCAAAUAACUAUGCUCACUUUCCUGUGACUGAUGGUUUUGUGGAUGCAACUCAGUGCAAGCUCUACCGCCGUCGUCUUUGCAAUCCUAUUUAUUUGUAUUUUCACUUCACAGGUCCUCGGUGUAGUUUCUGUUGCUGUGUGUGUUGUGCUAGUACCGUUUAGCUGCCAAGAGUCAACCCUUUUUGUGAAGACCUUGGAUCCCUUUAAUGAAAAUAAAACUGUGCGUCAUCUGU